AUUAUCUCUCGUAAACUAGAAAAUAACCACUGAAAGUACCAAAGUGACCGUGGUAACGCACUGAUGGGGAUCAGAGGUUAAUCUGCGCUGCUUUGAUUUGCCUUUAUCGCGGUGGUGAAAUGGUUAACGCGAUUGUUUGGAAUGAGGCGGCUAUCUUGUAACCUAGGAGAGGAGUGAGAACACUGCAUUCAACACAAAAGUAGUUCGCAAGAACUUACGCGGAAUUUCCACGAUGGUUUUCUCUCAUACGGAUUCUCUUAUGGACACGUUUUGUAUAUCCACAAUAUAUUUUUAAGAUGAUUUUUUUUUCAGAGGAGCGACUUUUUAACGAUUUUGCCCUACUGUAACGAUACUGUAAGGGUGUGCACCAGGCGGUAGUUUCCAAGUUAUGAAUCCGUAGAGUAGGCCGUAGAAAUCGUGCUAACGAAGGUGUCAAGAUUUAGGUGACCGACAAGAACAUUUAAAUGUCGCUUUUGUGGAUUGCCCAUUUUUCUUAAAUGCGGUACAAGCAUCAUGACAGAAGGACCAUUGGACGUUUGAGAAGCCGUGAACUGUCGGUAGGUCUUUUUCCGCUAGCAUUUUACACAGAUGUUUUAUGCUUUAUCCUUUAAACUACCGUCUGGGGGUGUCGGAGAAGGAGGCUGAGAAACAUCAUUGAGGAACAAACUAAAACUUGAAUCACGGCUGACCCAGGCCAAGUUUAGUCACUUUUUGGAAACUUUUGACACGUAAUAUGUCUGGGAUCCAGCAUGCCUCCAAUCAGAGCAUCAAGGCGUUCAAAUCAAGCGAAGAAUAUCUGUAUGCUAUGAAAGAAGAUUUGGCAGAAUGGCUGAAGGACUUGUACACCAUCAAUAUCGACGUGAACAACAUCCUGGAAGUUCUGGAAACAGGGGCUAUUCUCUGCCAUCACGCAAAUAAUGUAACGAGAGUGGCCGAAGAUUUUCUUCGCACUUAUGGACAAAUAGCGGGGAUUCGGUUGCCAUCAGCCGGAGUGACAUGCGUCAGCUCCGCACAGCCGUCUACUUUUCUUGCACGGGACAACAUCUCCAACUUUAUACACUGGUGUCGCAAACAGUUGGGCAUACCAGAUGUCCUGAUGUUUGAGACGGAUGACCUGGUGUUGCGCAAGAAUGAGAAGCACUUCAUCCUUUGCCUGCUGGAGGUCGCGCGGCGGGCAUCCCGCUUUGGUAUGGCCGCCCCUGUCCUCAUCCAACUGGAGCAGGAGAUCGAGGAAGAGAUUAGGGAGGAAAUGGACCUGCCCAUGGAGCAGACUCCUCUUCCCAAACCCCAGAGGCGGCUCGCCAACAUCCAGAAUCUUGAUGAGAUGGUCAGAUGCCUGAUCAGCAGAUGCACGUGUCCCACCCAGUUUCCAAUGAUCAAGGUGUCAGAGGGCAAGUACAAAGUGGGAGACUCCAACACUCUUAUAUUCGUACGGAUCUUGCGUAAUCAUGUGAUGGUGCGGGUGGGUGGAGGUUGGGACACCCUGGAGCAUUAUCUGGACAAGCAUGACCCAUGCCGCUGCACUUCUCUCAGUCACAAGCUGUCCCAGCGUCCAUCCACCCCUGCGGUGCACGAGAUCAAAGCCAGGGUAGGAACUAAGGAGAGCGUUCCAGGGGCCGGCACCCCCGCCAUGCCCAGUAUGUUUGUGCUGAGUCGGGCCCAGUCCCCGCCACAGCCUGUGGUGUGGAGCACCCCCGGGCCUGGCAGAGGCCCCAGCAGACCCAGCCUGUGCCGCUCUCCCGACCCCGGGCCUCGCCAGCCACCUGGGGCCUCUCCCAGCAGGUUACGUCAGAGGGCCACCACACCUGGCCGCAGACAAUCCUCCGAGAACCGAGACGACUCCGGCCUCAACGCGAGCACCAGGACGGGCCGCGAGGCCCGGCGCGCCUCCGUGCUGCCGAGGCACGCCACCAGCAGCAGCCUGCCUCGCUCCCGCACCUCCUGCCUCUCCCCCGCACCCCACCGAGACACCACCAGGUCAGUCACCCCACAUGUGGGUGGUGGACACUCUGGACAGAAGAACACAGAGAUUAGGAGGUCGAUGACCCCACAUUUUGGAGGACACACGGGCCAGAGGAACGCAGAGACUAUCAGGCCGGUCACCCCACAUGUCAGCGGACACACCGGACACAAGAACCCAGAGAUUAUGAGACCGGUCACUCCACACGUCAACGCACACACCGGGCAGAAAACAAAUCCAGCUGCUGUCCAGCAACAUCCCCCUGGACACUCAGACUCCAGACUGAACCACACUUUCGCUAAAUCUCAGCUGAUGACGAAGGUUCGGCACAGCACAGGGCCCGGUGACGUGAAGUCUGCUGACGGUGGUGGUGGCCAGGGGACUCCAGACAGACAGAGAGGCCACCAGGGGACCGUUCGGCCGUAUACACCUGUUCAACAACAGCCCCACCACCAUCAUCACCAUCCACAAAACAUCCCCCCACCCUCCUCCUCUUCCUCAUCCUCCACCUCUUCCUCCAACAUUAUCAAGCACGGUGUCACAGAGAACAGCCAUAACUCACACCGGACCUCCUCCUCCUCCACUGGUGGCCACAGUUCAACCAAAGGACACGUCACCUCUGACGGAUUGCCGCCCAAGCCCUCCGCGCAAAUCAAAAAGGUGCCUUCUGGCCAUCCGGGUGAAAACAUUUUUCAAAAGAAAACGGUCGGUGACGAGCAGACAGCGAGGAGAGACGUGCCAAACAGCGCUGGCAAUGGGAGCACACAGCAGCAGCACAGGAGACAAAGUACGGCCAAACAGAAUGUAUUUCAUCCCGCUGCCUCGGGGCAGAAAGAGACCCCAAAGAGCCGACGCAGCUCGAAUGUACUCCAAGCCACAAAUCCCGCUCUGGGUCGCGUGGCUACUAGAGGGACUGAGGAAGCUUCCCUGUUUAUCACCCCUCCGCCCAUCACUCCAGACCAAGAGGCCAUCCUCUACCAGAGCCUGGAGCACGAGAUCCUCUCCAACCUACAGAAGCUAAACUUUGACUAUGAUGAUGAUGAGGAUGAUGAUGAUGAUAGCGCCAGUAGUACCAGAGCUGCGGCUGAGGAAGAGGAUGAGGAGGAUACGGAGGAGGAGGACGGUCAGUCUUCUUCUCUACAUGGCCCCCAGUCCGCUGACAUUUCCAGUCGCCAGUCCUUAAGCUCAGUGCUGCGUCAGGAAUCAACAUCAUCCAACAUCUCCACCACAUCUGGCCACACUAAGGUUGAUGGUGGUGGUGGUGGUGGUGGUGGUGAAGGUAGCGUUGAUGGUGUGACUGACGUUCAGCACGGGCAGCAGCGAUGUCCCUCGGAGAAAGUGUCGGUGGAGCGCUGGGUGAACACGCUACCGUUUGGCGCCCCCAGCAGGGUCCGCCGGCACAGCACCAGCAGCGCCCCCGCAGAGCCAGAGGCCGACUUGACCGAGCUGGACUCCAUGCUCACCCUGGCCAGCUCCUGGUCCUCGGUGGGCUCCAGCCUGGAGUGCAGGGACAGGAGCAGGGCCGAUGAGAGCGGAUGUGGAGAGAGUGGCGGUGGCGCCAGCCCACCGUCGCGUCAUCCAGGCCAGGUUGUCAUGGACGACGAGGAGCUGGCUAUGGAGUUCAGCAGGCAGAGAAGGCCCCGGUCGUCCUCGUUCAGGCAGAAGAGGGGACUGCGGAAACCGGAGCGCGUGCCUUCCAUCUACAAGCUGAAGCUCAAGCCCCACAUCCGGCCCCGCGAGGACCAUCGGCCCAACCACAAGCCCUCCAGGAUCCCCAAGCCGGUGGCCUACCAGCAGGGCAGAGGGGAGAGCGAGGGGCCUGGAGGACUGGGCAAGGGCUGCUGCACAGACAAUAAUGGCCUAUCAUCGUCACCAGACAACAACAGGCCGCCACGAUUCAGCGGUGAGGGCGUCAGUGCCAAGAUGCAUGAUGGGAAAUCCAGAGUUGUCCCUCAGGGAAACUCCUACGGAGGCUUUGAGGGCCGCGAAGAUACAGCACAUGUCAUGGAAGAGCUUGAAUCCUGGGUCUGAACACUGGCAUCUUUUCUUUUUAGUUUUUUUGUAUGUUUGUUUUUUAAACUUUUUUUUUAUUCCACUGAGAUCAAAUUCACUCAAGGACUCAGGUACUGUCCUGUCAACAGAUGCUGAUUAUAUUUAUCUCAUAGACUAGAGACACAAUGGAUGCAACUACCGUAGGUGCCUAUGCAGAAACAAAACCAUAGCACAUAAAAAACACACUAAACAAAACUCUUUGCCAAGUUUGCACAGGUUGCAUUUUUUGUAUGCCACCCCCAGCGCAGAGUGCCAUUGCUUUACAUUAUAUUAGAAAUCUCUUUUGCUUCUCUACAACAUAUUUUUCUCGUGCCUUACAAAAAGAAAACAUUGCACAAAGGGAGUUUUUUCUUAUUUGUUUUAGAGAUUAUGAAGACACAAAGAUGGGCUAAAACAACCCUCCCCCUCCCUCUUUCCCUCCUUCAGUCUGAUGAUGAUGACAGCCUUGCUAUACUAAGGGGAGAGAGCAUGUGCUUUCAUCAAGGCUGACUUUUUACCUGCUAACGCAACAUCAAAGCAGAGAGAGAGAGAGAGAGAGAGAGAGAGAGAGAGAGAGAGAGAGAGAGAGAGAGAGAGAGAGAGAGAAGGGAGGCAGGGAAUGGCAGAUGCAAAGCCUUAUUACCAGUAACAACCUGACAAUCGCUGUACACGCAGGGCCGCUGACAGCUUUUACUGGACCCGGGACCAAGCCAUUUGAAAGGGCCCCCUCCCCGAUGCAUAUAAUGUAAUUAGGUCCCAAAUCUGGGCUCCUCUCACACCCUGGUCCCCUGGACAACUGAUCCCUUUGAUCCCCUAACCCUGUUGGCGUCCCUGUGAAUACACGUAUGACAUGCCUAGAGCCGAGACAAGGACAAAAGGAAAUUGUGUUAUAUAGAAACAGAAUGUGUCACUUUAUCUUGUGUAUCUAGCAGCACUGCGAUGGAAGACAGCUGCAAUAAGCGGUGUGCUGGUGAGCUAUAACGACAGAGCCAGCUCUGAUUCAGAAAAGGAAAGAAAGAAAAGGGAAGUGUAGUGUGUCACUGGUGACUGGUGAGUCGUCGUUGGGGGGGAAAACCGGCACCAUAUGUCUUGUGUUGUGGCACGUCCCCUUAUUUCACAUGAACAAAGUUAUGAUUUAGAUGAAAAGGUUAUGGAUGUCUCUUGUGAAGGGAGAUGUGGAGACGUGGUGACGUGGUGGUGAUGAUGAUGCAGUUGCAGUUUGAUGGCACCUCUCCAGCUAGACAGUCUGUUGUCUUCUGCGCUUCUUCCUCAAAGCGCUUCCCCAGUCACCUUGUGUGUUAGCCUGGUGGUGGUGCUGAGGGUGGCGGGCGGCUGGCAGGUUUAUAAAUAUCCUCUGGCAUAAGUCAGGCAGGCUAUAAAUAACAGCAUCAGAGAAGCAGCAGCCGCAGCAGCCUGCACCACACCGCACCACCCUGCCCCACCGCACCACACUGCCCUCCCCCAUCACGCUACACUACACCAGCCAGCUGCGUUUGGUCCCAUCACCCCCCCCCCUCUCUCCUCCUCUCCUUCUCCAUACACACUUGGUCACACACACACACCAACCCCCCCCCACCUAUUUCUCCUGUCCUCCUUCACAUAGACGUGGUCACACACACAUACUCACAUCACCCCCUCUCUCUCUCUCUCUCCUCCUGUCCUCCUACUUCCUCUUCUUCUCCACACACUCUUGGUCACACACUUGCACGUCAUACUCUUUUCUCACACACACGCACACACACGCAUACAUCACCCUUUUUUCUCACAUGCACGCACACACCACCCUCUCUUCUCACACACACACACACACACACACACACACACACACACACACACACACACACACACACACACACACACACACACACACACACACACGUCAGCCUCUUCUUGCGUCCCUCCUUUCCCACACACACACAUGUGGUCGACACACCUCACCACUUCCCUAGAGCCGGCUGCCAACACACAACUGACACAGAUUUUUUUGUGUUUUGUUUUGUUUGAGCCAGGUAUGAGAAGCAAGGUAGACUUCCACACACACUUACUCCUUGAAACCAGGGGAGCUCCAGUUUAGGCCUGAAAUGCACUGGAAAUGGAAUGGACAUAUCUGUGGAAUGUUGAUAGAACAAAUCACUAGGGGUUUUUGUUACAUUUGCCACAAUUCUUUGAAAUAUCAGUUGUACAUCAUUUCACAUUUGAGGAAUGUGCUUUAUUUUGAAUGGAUAAGUUGGUGCUGAUCAACGUGUUGUGGUUUAUUUGCAAUUUCUGGAUAAAUCUGUUGAAAUCAA